CUGUAGAACUAUGUAUAGUAUACAGCUUCGGACAAUGGCACAUCCCACUUUUCCGAUCCCCCAUACUCGUCCUAUGCUUACAAAUGGCGUGAUCCCGUACUUUGAGGUAUACGUAGUGAUUAUCUAAUAAAUAGCCAGAUCAUUGUUCAAGUUGAAUGAUAUAUGUCUUUGAUAUCUGAUGUGAUCAUCGGUGACUUGAACGAAUCUGGAAAAACGCCUCUCAUCAUUCUCCACGGCGGGCCUGGACUGGGUCAUGAUUAUCUACUACCGCUAAAUGACCUAGCACCCGAAAUUCCCCUUGUCUUCUAUGAUCAAAUUGGGAGUGGACGAUCAACGCACUUGCCCGACCGAUCUGGGAAUGAGAAAUUCUGGUGUAUGGACCUAUUCAUACGUGAACUAGACAACCUUCUUGCGUGCUUGAAACUACAAGAGCGUCCCAUCGACGUCUACGGCCACUCGUGGGGAGGGAUCCUAGCAGCCUCCUGGGCAUCCCGACCCUCUCCCUCGACGAAUAAGCUCAGGCACCUUGUCCUUUCUAGCAGUCCAGCGAGCAUGAGCGGGUUCCGGGCCGACCUAGCUACUCUCAGGAAACAGCUUCCAGAAGAGGUACAAGCCGUGCUCAACCGCGCGGACGAGACAAAAGAUUUUACGAGCUCAGCGUACCAGGCCGCUGUCGGGGUCUUUUACCAGCGGCAUCUUAGCCUAACCCGGCUGUGGCGGCCACGGGAGGUCCAAGAUAUGCAGAACGUCGUCACGGGCUCGCUCCGUGACUGGACCUGUAUACCGUCGCUACAUAAAAUUAAGGUGCCGACACUCCUACUAGACGGGUCAGAAGACACGGUACAAAAUGAAUCUGUUGGACCACUCUUCGAGCACAUUGAGAAGGUGAAGCGGAUCACUCUGGACAAUGCUGGGCAUUUUGCCCACGUCGAUCAGCGGGAGAAGUAUAUGAAGCAUCUACGGACCUUGACAUCUUAA